AUUUUCACCCAGUCCCUAACGUGGUACUGUAUUCCUCGAGACUCACCGCUGGGGCAUAUUCCCCGGUCUGUCGCGGUAGGAAGACGCUGCAGAUAAACCCAUGCCGUUACCAUUACUAGCGGUGUGGGAGAGUUAACUCGUCGUCUGGCAGACACCGCUGAAACGUGUUUCUGGAUUUUGUUAAUUUUUUUUUUCGGGGGGGAAGCAUUUUUUUGUACCUUUUAACUCCGGUCUGUGAUAUUCUUCAACACGGAAUCUGCUGGGCCCUCAAAGCGUGUUUGAUUUGUGCCUCGAGGAUAUCCAGGAUACAUGCCCUUUUCAUUCGCAUAAUGGGAGAUUGUCCGGUUCGUUGUUAUGCAUACGUUAUAACGCAGUGAUUUUGGGGGUGUUUAAAUUUGUGUUUCUUGCCGUGGAUUGCAAAAUUGGAAUUUCUCUCCCAGACGACUCAGCGAAAAGGGAAGUAGAGACAGCGUGAGAGAGAGAGGGAGAGAUUGGGGAUAAAGACACUGCCACCUCGCUGGAUCACACCACGGGAUUUAAAUAAUUGCAUGUUCUAAAAAAGGAUAUACAUGUGGCUAUUCGGUGUUUAACCGAACCAAUCCGGUUUGCAGGAUGAGUAAAGACAGACCCAAAAGGAACAUCAUACAGAAGAAAUACGACGACAGUGACGGAAUCCCGUGGUUAGAGGAACGAGAGGUGAGGAAGGUGCUCUACCUUUCUCUGAAGGAGUUUAAGAACACCCAGAGGAACAAGGUGACAGAUGGCCUCGGCACAGGAAACAUCAACGGCUCUUUCCCACACAGCCACGGCUGCCGGUCAGGACCAGGGGCAGGGAUACUGCCAGUCAACGGUAAAGCUGAGUGCUCACGCUGCUCCUCUCAAAGCAACGAUGGCAGCAGCGAGUAUUCCGGGGACGAUCCAGUCAGAAAGAGACCACGGCUGCAGGCUCAGAGGAAGUUUGCCCAGUCUCAGCCCAGCUCCCCCAGUGCCACACCGAUCAAGCUGUCUGAGACCCUCUUGCCCCCCAGCCCCACCUCUCCCCUCAGCGACCUCACCAGACGCAAGCCCAAGACCGAGGACUUCCUCACCUUCCUCUGUUUACGAGGUGAGUGGCCUGCAACCUUUAGUUUUUAUGGAAAUUUGAUUUAUCCAGGAAGUUCCGUAGAGGUCAGAAUAGCUCUUUUACAAGGGAGACCUACCACAAUAUAAAGGGCUUCUGUGUCA